CUCGUACUUGAAUUGAUAGCAUUCGCGUACCUCAUCUAUUCCAGCAACACACCCGCGCAUUUGAUCGCGAGCGUCUCGUUGGAAGCCAUGGUUUUCCACAAGUAUUUACACCUUGCGGCCUCGCUUUUUGUCAGUUCGCAGGUAGCGGGCGCGGUCCCUUACCAACAGCCCUUGACAGGAGGAUUCGCAACCGCUCCGCCGUCCACCUCGUCGCCGGGUUUCAGUCGCGUUCGCCAAAACGACAGCCUAUGCGACGCAGGAUCUGCUCAAUGGACGGGUACGGUUCGGGUAGGAAAGGACAGGAACCUGUUCUACUGGUACUUCGAGAGUCGCCAUGAUCCCGAGAAUGCGCCACUAGUACUUUGGAUGAAUGGCGGACCUGGCGCUUCCUCCAUGCUUGGUGCACUUUUCGAGGUCGGCCCCUGUAGCGUGAACGACAAUGGGACCGGUACCAGGAGGAACGAGUACAGCUGGACCGAAUUCGCCAAUGUAGUCUUCAUAGAUCAACCAGUCGGUGUUGGUCUGUCUGCGACCAACGACAGCGAACUAUGGGCAAGAGACCUUGCUGAGGCCGGGGUAGACUUUUCGCGCUUCCUCGAUACGUUUGUGGAGGAGGUUUUCCCGGAGCUCGAAAACCGACCAAUUCACAUUACGGCUGAGUCAUACGGCGGUCAUUAUGGCCCAUCGUAUACUGCAAUGCUCCGACGGAAGAUCGCGUCUCUGAUCCUCGUAGAUCCAUUUAUUGAUUGGAAUCUACUUGUUUUGGGAGCCUAUGAGCAUUUGUGUGUUCCAGGACCACUCGUUCGCAACGGACGACAGUUCAAUGCGACAGCCUGCGAGGAGAUGGAGCAGUUUUAUCCCAGCUGCGAAAAAAGCGCGAAGCUGUGCCUCGCGACAAACGACGGCGAUACAUGUUGGGCGGCUUUCGAAGUUUGCGACCACAUAUGGACACAAUUUUACCAGACGGUCAUUGCCGGAGGUUGGAACCCCUACGACGACAGACGGGUGUGCGACGAACCUCCUCUCUGUGGCGGCCAAGGAAUGACGCAGGUUGAUGCAUUUCUCAACCUGGACAUCGUUAAAAGGGCAUUGGAACUGCCAAGCGAAUUCGUAUUCAGUUCUGUCGCUUGGGAGUUCAACGAGAAGUGGUCCAACACGACGGAAACGUAUGUGCCCACGACCAGAGAGGUCGCUAAGAUCUUGGAUGUGAAACAAACGUCGGUUCUGGUGAUCAACGGCAUGAACGACAUUGGCAUUAAUUGGGAAGGCAUGACUGAAGUUUUAAACUCGGUAUCUUGGAGCGGGCAAGCUCGAUUCAAGACGCAGGCGUUGAGAGCAUGGACCUUGCACGACGACAGUGCUGAGGAAAUUGCCAGAGGAAAUUUUAAAUGGCACGACCGACUAGCGAUCGUCAAUGUUGACGAGGCCGGGCACAUGAGCCCACAUGACCAACCGGCUGCUACAUCUUUCGUUAUGAAGAAGUGGUUAGAAAAGCACACGCUGGAAGAUUUGGAGGCCUGAUGUCUUCCCGUUGUUCUGAAGAUGCAAUGAGACCAUGGCAGGCGCCAGCAAGGCUGCAAAGACGAGUGCACUGAUAACUGUUAAGCAGCAUCUGCGUCCCAACUCUGACUUGUCCGAUUACUGAUAUUUUAUAUUCCAAAACGGAGCGACGCAUCUGCAAAGGUGACAGAUGGAAGAGCCCAAACUUAUAUGCUCAUUCAACUGUUGGCAUGAUAUUUUCACCUUUACAAGACUAUUACAAAGUAGAGAGUUUCUGGGAUUUCGUGGUGAUAUGGAAACACUAAGUGGGAACAGCCACAUCAUAUAGAAUAAAAAGAGCCAAGGAUGUCUCGGUGAUUUAAAGAACGACUAUGCGAACUCUUCUG